UGUUACAUUUUCGUAAAUUAAGUAAAUUUUGUGAUUGUAGUGUAAUUAAUAUAUAACUAAGACAUGGAGUACAAAAUCGGUUGCUUAGCAGACCUUAUAUCAGGCUCAGAUACUCCAAAACAAGAUGUUCAAAAAACUAUUUUACCUGCACCCAAAUUUAAAAAGAUUGGCGACUCUAAUCUUGGUAAAAAUAAAAGGAAAAAGCUUCGGAGAUUAAAUGAAACAGUUGAAAAUGAUAAAGAAAAAGAAGUGGAUGAUGAUGAAAGUACUGAGAAAACAACACCUACUAAAGCUAAUUCAGCUGAUGAUAGUGCUUUAAAAAGGACUAUUUUUGUUGGUAAUUUUCCUCAUAGUCUAAAGAAAUUACAACUGAAAAAAUUGUUUGUAAAAUACGGAGAAGUUGAAUCUGUAAGAUUUCGUAAUGCACCUGUAGCAGAUCCAAAAACUUCUAAGAAAGUUGCCAUAAUCAAGCAAGAAUUUCAUCCAAAACGUACAAAUAUUAAUGCUUUUGUUUGUUUUAAAUCAGAAGAAUCAGCAAACAAAGCUUUGGAAGCCAAUGGAACUGUUAUCGAAGAACAUCACUUGAGGGUUGAUAUGGCGACAAAUGAAAAGGGAUUGCAUGAUAAUACUAAAGCUAUAUUUAUUGGAAAUCUAGAUUUUUCUACAGAGGAAGACCAUUUGUGGACUGCUUUUAAUGAUUGUGGGAAAAUAGAAUCAGUACGAAUUGUGCGAGACAAAAAAACAAGCAUGGGCAAAGGAUUUGGGUAUGUUAAUUUUGCAACAACUGAUGCAGUUGAGUUAGCAAUGAAAUUAGAUGGGACGCUGAUUAAGGACAGGCCUGUUAGAAUUAAAAGAAUACAAGCUAAUCCGAAUAGAAAGCCUAUAUCUCAAGAAAACUUAAAUAAACCUUACAAUAUGAAAAAACGUGACAAAUUUGGUAAUAAAAUAAGAAAUCGUACACAGAGAGACUUGAAAAGAAAAUCUUUGAGUAAUCAGUCUGAUGAUUCUAGUAAAAAGCCAAAAAUAGAUAAGAAAAUAGAAGGAAAAACUGUUUUUGAAGGUACUAAAUCUGAGAAAAAGAAGAAAAAGAGUAUCAAUAAAGGCGAAUUAAGAAAGAAAAAAAUGGUUAAAAGAUUGGCUCCAAAACCUAAAGUGUAAAUAUGCAAUAUAGUUUUAUUGGAAUAAACUCUACAUGUUUAUAAAUCUGUCUGUGAAACUAAAUAUAUAAUUGUUAAAUAAAACAAAU